CUGAAUUCUGUACAUUUACAAUCUCAGUGUAGAAAAAUUCUCUCAGUCUUCACACAAAAAAAAUAAUAAAACUUUUUUCUGUCUCUUCCUCUUUGAAAUUUAAUUUAAUUUAAUUCGGCAAUAAUCGAACAUGCCUUCAACACUUUUACUUGGAAAAUUGGCAUUUGUGACAGGUGCCGGCAGUGGAAUUGGACGUGCUGUUGCCAUCAGAUUCGCACAAGAAGGAGCCACAGUCAUCGCAGCUGACAGAAACUUCCAACAAGCUGAAGAGACUACAAAAAAACUCGGAUCAACUCACAUGCCAAUCGAAGUGGAUGUAACAAAUGGAGACAAUAUUAAAUCAGUUUUAGAAGAAGCAAUCAAUAGAUACAAAAGACCACCAUCUACAAUCGUCAACUGUGCUGGAAUCACUCGUGAUGCAUUCAUUCUCAAGAUGGAGGACAGUGACUUUGACUUGGUCUUGAAUGUUAACUUAAAGGGUACAUAUCUAGUCAUGAAGCAUGCAGCUCAACGAAUGAUCGAUUACAAGCUUGGUGGAUCAAUGAUUAACAUCUCAAGUGUCACAGCACGUAUGGGCAACAUGGGACAAUGUAAUUAUGCUCCAUCAAAGGCAGCUGUUGACUGUUUAUCACGUGUUGCAUCAAAGGAAUUUGCCAGGUAUGGCAUUCGAGUCAAUACAGUCGUUCCAGGCUUCAUCAAUACUCCAAUGACUCACACCGUACCCGAUAAAGUUAAAGACAUGAUUACAGCGAAUGUUGCUUUAAGACGAUUUGGGGAACCAGAAGAAAUUAGUGAUACAAUUGCAUUUUUGGCAUCCGACAAGAGUGAAUACAUAACUGGAACAUCAAUUGAAGUGUCUGGUGGAUUGGCUUAAAAGGAAGCUUUAAUUAUUUUUUUUAUGUUCAAUGGCAAUGCAUCAAAGUGCUUCAUACUUUACCUCAAUAUAUUGAAACUUUUUCUUCUACUCAUGCAUUUAGUGGAUGUAAAUUUACUUUAGCAUUUAAUUAAUGGCCAUGAAUGGAUAGUCAGGCAGGAAUUAACAAGAUGUUCAAUUUUUUUAGCUAAGGGGGAUAACAACUUGGUGAGAAAAAUUUUC